GCGUGCUGCGCUGCGCUCCAUUUCAGUUUUGGCCUGAUCCGCUGCACGGGGCGGAGGGAAGCGGCUCGAAUCUAGCACCGGGGUCCGGGCCGGGCGGGUGAGGCGGCGCCAUGGCGGAUGUGACUGCGCGGAGCCUGCAGUACGAGUACAAGGCGAACUCUAACCUCGUACUUCAAGCUGAUCGCUCCUUGAUCGACAGGACCCGCCGAGAUGAGCCUACGGGGGAGGUGCUCUCCUUGGUUGGGAAGCUGGAGGGCACUCGGAUGGGUGACAAGGCUCAAAGAACCAAACCCCAGAUGCAGGAAGAGAGACGAGCGAAGAGGAGGAAGCGUGAUGAGGACAGGCAUGAUAUCAACAAAAUGAAGGGUUAUACGCUGCUCUCUGAGGGCAUUGACGAGAUGGUGGGAAUCAUCUACAAACCCAAAACCAAGGAGACCAGGGAGACUUAUGAGGUGCUGCUAAGUUUCAUUCAGGCAGCCCUUGGGGACCAGCCACGUGACAUUCUCUGUGGAGCAGCGGACGAGGUCUUGGCUGUAUUGAAGAACGAGAAGCUGCGAGACAAAGAGAGGCGGAAGGAAAUUGAUUUGCUGUUAGGACAGACGGACGACACCCGCUACCAUGUGCUGGUGAACUUGGGCAAGAAGAUCUCAGACUAUGGUGGUGACAAGGAGAUCCAGAACAUGGAUGAUAACAUUGAUGAGACGUACGGAGUGAAUGUGCAGUUUGAGUCUGAUGAAGAGGAAGGCGAUGAGGACGUGUAUGGUGAAGUACGGGAUGAGGCGUCUGAUGAUGACAUGGAGGGGGACGAGGCCGUUGUCCGCUGCACCCUCUCAGCCAAUCUGGUGGCAUCUGGUGAGCUGAUGAGCUCCAAAAAGAGAGACUUGCAUCCCCGAGACAUCGAUGCCUUUUGGCUUCAGCGGCAGCUGAGUCGCUUCUACGACGAUGCCAUCGUGUCCCAGAAGAAAGCAGAUGAGGUGCUAGAGAUCUUAAAGACUGCCAGCGAUGACAGGGAGUGUGAAAACCAGCUUGUCCUGCUCCUGGGCUUUAACACCUUUGACUUCAUUAAGGUGCUGAGGCAGCACAGAAUGAUGAUCCUGUACUGUACGCUGCUGGCUAGUGCACAAAGUGAAGCCGAGAAGGAGAGGAUCAUGGGGAAGAUGGAAUCUGAUCCCGAGCUGUCAAAAUUUCUGUAUCAGCUGCAUGAGACGGAGAAGGAGGAUCUGAUUCGGGAGGAACGCUCUCGCAGGGAACGUGUGCGCCAGUCCCGGAUGGACACAGACCUGGAAACAAUGGAUCUGGAUCAGGGUGGAGAGGUGCUGGCCCCGCGCCAGGUGUUGGACCUGGAAGAUCUGGUGUUUGCCCAGGGCAGCCAUUUCAUGGCCAACAAGCGUUGCCAGCUGCCCGAUGGCUCGUUCCGCAGGCAGCGCAAAGGCUACGAGGAGGUGCAUGUGCCUGCCUUGAAGCCAAAGCCCUUCGGCUCCGAAGAGCAACUGGUUUCUGUGGACAAACUGCCCAAAUACGCCCAGGCUGGGUUUGAGGGAUUCAAAACACUGAACCGGAUUCAGAGCAAACUCUACCGUGCUGCGCUUGAGACUGAUGAGAACCUGCUACUCUGUGCUCCCACGGGUGCGGGGAAGACCAACGUCGCUCUGAUGUGCAUGCUACGCGAGAUCGGGAAGCACAUCAACAUGGAUGGAACCAUCAACGUGGAUGACUUCAAAAUCAUCUACAUUGCGCCCAUGCGGUCUCUGGUGCAGGAGAUGGUGGGAAGCUUUGGGAAGCGCCUGGCAACUUAUGGCAUCAACGUGGCCGAGCUGACUGGAGACCACCAGUUGUGUAAGGAAGAAAUCAACGCUACCCAGAUCAUCGUCUGCACCCCCGAGAAGUGGGACAUCAUCACCCGCAAGGGCGGGGAGCGCACCUAUACCCAGCUGGUGCGCCUCAUUAUUCUGGAUGAGAUCCACCUGCUGCAUGACGACCGGGGCCCUGUCCUGGAGUCCUUGGUGGCUAGAGCCAUCCGCAACAUUGAGAUGACCCAGGAGGAUGUGAGGCUUGUUGGCCUGAGUGCCACUCUCCCGAACUACGAGGAUGUAGCUACGUUCCUGAGAGUGGACCCCGUCAAAGGCUUAUUCUACUUCGAUAACAGCUUUCGCCCAGUGCCCCUGGAGCAGACCUAUGUGGGAAUCACAGAGAAGAAAGCAAUCAAGCGCUUCCAGAUCAUGAAUGAGAUUGUCUACGAGAAGAUUAUGGAGCAUGCCGGGAAGAACCAGGUGCUGGUGUUCGUUCACUCCAGGAAGGAGACAGGGAAGACGGCCCGAGCCAUCAGGGACAUGUGUCUGGAGAAAGAUACGCUGGGCCUCUUCCUUCGCGAGGGCUCAGCCUCUACAGAGGUCCUGAGGACAGAAGCUGAGCAGUGCAAGAAUCUAGAGCUGAAGGACCUGUUGCCAUACGGCUUUGCUAUUCACCAUGCUGGGAUGACCAGAGUAGAUCGAACACUGGUGGAGGAUCUGUUUGCUGACAAGCACAUUCAGGUUCUGGUCUCCACGGCGACGCUGGCCUGGGGUGUGAACCUUCCUGCUCACACGGUCAUCAUCAAAGGGACGCAGGUGUACAGCCCGGAGAAAGGCCGCUGGACGGAGCUGGGUGCGCUGGACAUCCUGCAGAUGCUUGGCCGUGCUGGGAGACCCCAGUACGACACAAAGGGCGAGGGGAUCCUCAUCACAUCGCACGGAGAACUGCAGUAUUACCUCUCCCUACUCAACCAGCAGCUCCCUAUCGAGAGUCAGAUGGUGUCGAAACUGCCAGAUAUGCUGAAUGCAGAGGUGGUGCUGGGGAAUGUCCAGAAUGCAAAGGAUGCAGUGAACUGGCUGGGCUAUGCCUACCUGUACAUCCGAAUGCUGCGCUCCCCAUCGCUCUAUGGGCUCUCUCACGAUGACCUGAAGGGAGACCCGUUGCUGGACCAGCGCCGGCUGGAUUUGGUUCACACUGCAGCCCUGAUGCUAGACAAGAACAAUCUUGUGAAGUACGAUAAGAAGACGGGGAACUUCCAGGUGACUGAGCUGGGCCGCAUUGCCAGCCACUACUACAUCACCAACGAGACCGUGCAAACCUACAACCAGCUCCUGAAGCCCACCUUGAGUGAAAUCGAGCUUUUCCGGGUCUUCUCCCUGUCCUCCGAGUUCAAGAACAUCACUGUGCGGGAGGAAGAGAAGCUGGAGCUCCAGAAGCUGCUGGAGCGGGUCCCAAUUCCAGUGAAGGAGAGCAUCGAGGAGCCCAGUGCCAAGAUCAAUGUGCUCCUGCAGGCCUUUAUCUCCCAGCUGAAGCUGGAAGGGUUUGCUCUGAUGGCAGACAUGGUGUACGUCACCCAGUCUGCCGGGCGGCUGAUGCGUGCGAUCUUUGAGAUUGUCCUGAACCGUGGCUGGGCGCAGCUCACUGACAAGACUCUGAACCUCUGCAAGAUGAUUGACAAACGCAUGUGGCAGUCCAUGUGCCCCCUGCGCCAGUUCAGGAAACUGCCCGAGGAGGUGGUGAAGAAAAUCGAGAAGAAGAACUUCCCGUUUGAACGUCUCUAUGACCUGAACCACAAUGAAAUAGGGGAGCUCAUUCGGAUGCCCAAGAUGGGCAAGACGAUCCACAAGUACGUUCAUCUGUUCCCAAAGCUGGAGCUGUCGGUCCAUCUCCAGCCCAUCACCAGGUCCACCCUGAAAGUGGAGCUGACCAUCACCCCUGACUUCCAGUGGGAUGAGAAGGUGCACGGCUCGUCAGAAGCCUUCUGGAUCCUGGUGGAGGAUGUGGACAGUGAAGUGAUUCUGCACCACGAGUACUUCCUGCUGAAAGCCAAGUAUGCCCAGGACGAGCAUCUCAUCACCUUCUUCGUGCCCGUGUUCGAGCCGCUGCCCCCGCAGUACUUCAUCCGGGUGGUCUCAGAUCGCUGGCUCUCCUGUGAGACGCAGCUGCCUGUGUCCUUCAGGCACCUGAUUCUCCCUGAGAAAUACCCCCCACCCACAGAGCUCCUGGACCUACAGCCGCUGCCCGUGUCCGCUCUGCGUAACAGUGCCUUUGAGAGCCUCUACCAGGACAAGUUCCCCUUCUUCAACCCCAUCCAGACCCAAGUGUUUAACACCGUCUAUAACAGCGACGACAAUGUGUUCGUGGGCGCCCCCACGGGGAGCGGCAAGACCAUCUGUGCCGAGUUCGCCAUCCUGAGGAUGCUGCUGCAGAACUCAGAGGGGCGCUGUGUCUAUAUCACCCCCAUGGAGGCCCUUGCUGAGCAGGUCUUCCUCGACUGGUACGAGAAGUUCCAGGAGCGGCUCUGUAAGAAAGUGGUCCUGUUGACAGGGGAGACCAGCACGGAUCUCAAGCUGCUGGGCAAGGGCAACAUCAUCAUCAGCACCCCCGAGAAGUGGGACAUCCUGUCCCGGCGCUGGAAGCAGCGCAAGAACGUCCAGAACGUCAACCUCUUCAUCGUGGAUGAAGUGCACCUCAUCGGGGGCGAGAAUGGGCCCGUGCUGGAGGUGAUCUGUUCCCGGAUGCGCUACAUCUCCUCCCAGAUCGAGCGGCCCAUCCGCAUCGUGGCCCUCAGCUCCUCGCUGUCCAAUGCGAAGGAUGUCGCUCACUGGCUGGGCUGCAGCGCCACGUCAACCUUCAACUUCCACCCCAACGUGCGCCCCGUGCCCCUGGAGCUGCACAUUCAGGGCUUCAACAUCAGCCACACGCAGACCCGCCUGCUGUCCAUGGCCAAGCCGGUCUAUCAUGCCAUCAUGAAGCACUCCCCCAAAAAGCCGGUCAUUGUCUUUGUCCCGUCACGCAAGCAGACGCGCCUCACGGCCAUAGACAUCCUCACCACCUGUGCCUCCGAUGUGCAGAGGCAGAGGUUCCUGCACUGCACAGAGAAGGACUUGGGGCCGUACCUGGACAAGCUGAGCGACGGCACCCUCAAGGAGACGCUGCUCAACGGCGUUGGCUACCUGCACGAGGGGCUGACAGCCAUGGAACGGCGCGUGGUGGAGCAGCUGUUCGGCUCUGGCGCUGUCCAGGUGGUGGUGGCCUCUCGGAGCCUGUGCUGGGGCAUGAAUGUAGCCGCUCACCUGGUGAUCAUCAUGGACACUCAGUACUAUAACGGCAAGAUUCAUGCGUAUGUGGAUUACCCCAUCUAUGACGUGCUGCAGAUGGUGGGCCAUGCCAAUCGCCCCCUGCAGGAUGAUGAGGGGCGCUGCGUUAUUAUGUGCCAGGGAUCCAAGAAGGAUUUCUUCAAGAAGUUCCUGUACGAGCCCCUCCCGGUGGAGUCGCACCUGGAUCACUGCAUGCAUGACCACUUCAAUGCUGAGAUUGUCACCAAGACCAUCGAGAACAAGCAGGAUGCUGUGGACUACCUCACCUGGACCUUCCUGUACCGCAGGAUGACCCAGAACCCCAACUACUACAACCUGCAAGGGGUAUCUCACAGACACCUGUCAGACCACCUGUCCGAGCUGGUGGAGCAGACCCUUAGUGACCUGGAGCAGUCCAAGUGCAUCAGCAUCGAGGAUGAGAUGGACGUGGCGCCCCUCAACCUGGGCAUGAUCGCAGCCUAUUACUACAUUAACUACACCACGAUUGAGCUCUUCAGCAUGUCUCUGAAUGCCAAGACCAAGGUGCGAGGGCUGAUUGAAAUCAUCUCCAAUGCUGCUGAGUAUGAGAACAUCCCCAUCAGGCACCACGAGGAUAACCUCCUGCGGCAGCUGGCGCAGAAAGUCCCUCAUAAACUGAAUAACCCCAAGUUCAACGACCCCCACGUCAAGACCAACCUGCUGCUGCAGGCUCACCUGUCCCGCAUGCAGCUGAGCGCUGAGCUGCAGUCCGACACGGAGGAGAUCCUCAGCAAGGCAAUUCGCCUGAUCCAGGCCUGCGUGGAUGUUCUGUCCAGCAACGGCUGGCUCAGCCCGGCCCUGGCGGCCAUGGAGCUGGCCCAGAUGGUUACCCAGGCCAUGUGGUCGAAGGACUCAUACCUGAAGCAGCUGCCUCACUUCACUUCGGAGCACAUCAAGCGCUGCACGGACAAGGGGGUGGAGAGCGUCUUCGACAUCAUGGAGAUGGAGGAUGAGGACCGCAAUGGCCUGCUGCAGCUCUCUGACGCCCAGAUCGCUGACGUGGCCCGUUUCUGCAACCGAUACCCUAACAUCGAGCUCUCUUACGAGGUGGUGGAGAAGGAGAGUAUCCGCAGCGGAGGGCCGGUGGUGGUGCUGGUGCAGCUGGAGCGAGAGGAGGAGGUCACGGGACCUGUCAUUGCUCCCCUCUUCCCCCAGAAACGCGAGGAGGGCUGGUGGGUGGUGAUCGGAGACUCCAAAUCCAACAGCCUCAUCUCCAUCAAGAGGCUGACCCUGCAGCAGAAGGCCAAGGUGAAACUGGAUUUUGUGGCCCCAGCCACAGGGGCCCACAACUACACCCUCUACUUCAUGAGCGACGCCUACAUGGGCUGUGACCAGGAGUAUAAAUUCAGCGUGGACGUGAAGGAGGCAGAGAGCGACAGCGACUCAGACUGAGCCGGGCCUUAGCCAAAGCUGGCCUGGGCCUCCCUGCCUGGUAGCGGAGACCUGGGCGCAGCUGAGGCAUCCCCAGUGGUUCCAAGGGAACAGUGGGUACAGCUCUGGCAUUUGUUUUAAUGUGUCCGUGUGAGAGUGUGGGCAGCACUGGGCCCUUCCCCCAGUGUAGUGGGGCCUGCGGGACUGCCUGCUUCUGUGCUGGCUGUGUGGGGCGACCUGGCCUGUUUAAAUCAUAACCUCCCCUGCAGCUCUGAGAUGCCCCAUUCCUCGCUGCUGCUGGGGCCGGUAGCACCAGCAAGGACAGCCCGUGGCGUGUGCAGGAGACUUCUCACCUCGCUGAGCCUGUGUUUCAGAUGCUGAUGGCUGUGGCUAAGCAGCCAAGCUUUGUACAGUGGUUUUAGAGGGGGGCAGGGUCAAGGACCUUGGCCUCAAUAAAGCUCUUUAGAAACAACCUCCA